AAAAAAAAAAAAAAAAAAAAAAAAAAAGGUUUCCCGAUUAGUCAAACACUCAAACUUCAAAAAAAAUUCCGGAAGAUGAGCAACAUGAUGAAGCUACCAACUACUUUACGAUGCUCAAUUCUCCCGAUUUCACGCUUCAAUUCAACCACCUUUUCCCCCAAACUCCUCCUCCUUCCUUUUCCCAACUCCGUCGUAUUCAAAUCUUCCUCCGCCGCUCCUUUUCUCUCUCCUCGCCGCACUCUCGCCGUCGCUUCCAUGGCUUCCUCGUCUCAGACAGUUGCAGCUGGAACUGCUAUUGAUGAUGUUGAAAUUCUUCAGCGUAUUCAAUCUCACCAGGAAAAGGCUGCUAGGCUUCCGCCUGCGGAAGAAAUUCGAACUGUUCUUGCUAAUACUACUCGCGGCAUGCUUUCCACCUUCUCUAAGAAAUAUGAUGGUUAUCCAUCAGGAUCAAUGGUAGACUUUGCUUGUGAUGUUGACGGAUCACCAAUCUUGGCAGUCAGCAGCUUGGCAGUUCACACACAGGACCUGUUAGCCAAUCCACAGUGCUCUCUGCUUGUGGCAAAAGAUCCAGAAGACAGGACUGAUUUAGUUAUAACUCUCCAUGGUGAUGCAGUUUCUGUCAAUGAACAAGAUAGAGAAGCUGUUCGCAGUGCUUAUUUGGCUAAACAUCCCAAUGCUUUUUGGGUUGACUUUGGUGACUUUCAAUUUUUGAAGAUCCAACCAAAAGUGGUGCGGUAUGUAUCUGGGGUGGCAACCGCCUUAUUGGGAUCAGGAGAGUUCAGCAGAGAGGAAUACAGUGCAGCAAAGGCAGAUCCAAUAUCCCAGUUCUCCAAGCCAAUAGCGUCGCAUAUGAAUAAGGACCAUGAAGAAGACACAGAGCUAAUUGUGAAGCACUCGACUACCAUACCGGUGGAUUCUGCUUAUAUGCUGGAUGUAGAUCAUCUAGGUUUCAAUGUCAAGGUUAGCUAUAUGAAGAAAACUUACAAGCUUCGAAUUCCAUUUCCUAGACCAGCAGCUGAUAGAAAGGAUGUGAAGACACUCAUAGUUGAAAUGCUUCAAGCGGCGAAGUCAAGCAAUUAAAACUUGCAUCUUUCAAGAGAAAAUGUAAGGGGUCGUUUGGUUUGUUGUAGUGGAAUGGAUUGGUACGAGGAUCUCAUACUAGGGAGAUAUGCAUUACAGGCGUGGUGACAGAAAUAUUGCUUCAAAUUGGAGGUGAACAUAAAUAUAGGAGUACUACAAAAAAAAAUGCAGCAGAUUAUUUGCAGAGUUUGCGUUGUAUAGAGAAAGAAGGCUUGCAGCUAAUAGAUUAUCCAAUCCUGAUUACGAUUAUUGUAAAUUAUGCCUGAACUGAACACAUAGUGGACAUUUUAGCAAUUAAAGUAGUAUUAAGCUUCUGUUGAAACUAUACCCUAAAGAAAAUUCUUUUAAUUGCUCUCUAUAUACUUGCUACAUAAUUUUAAAUUUUUAUUUAAAAGGCGUUUCUCUAAUAAGGUUGGUUGCAAUUCAUUGCAAAUUGUCAAAAAACUAGAUUUGUAAACUAGGGUGAUUCUUGUUCACACGUAUAUUGUAGAAAAUGUCACAAUCUUGUUUGGCAGGCUAU